AUGGAAUCAAAAGAAAACAACAUAAACCAAGAGGAAAAACUACCUCAACCUCAACACUUAAAACCAGAAUCACAUCAAAAACUAAAAACACCAUCAACAUUAACUAAAGAUUUAUUUAAAUGGGAAAUAAUUAUAGAAAACAAAGGAUCAGUAGCAAGAGACCAUUUAGCUAAUGAAAGAACAUUAUUAGCAUGGAUAAGAACAUCAUUAAUUUUUAUAACUUUUGGUAUAGGUUUUUUACAAUUUUUUAGAUUAGAAGAAAAAUCAAAUUGUUCAAAUAUCUCGAGUCCAUUACCUACAAGUUUAACUAAUGAACAAAAUUCAAUGUCAUCAUUAUAUGAUAAAGAUACUGUUGAUUUAAUAACAAGGUUAGGUAAACCAUUAGCUCCUAUGUGUAUUAUAAUGGGUGUUUUAACUUUUGUUAUGGGAUUCUAUAGGUAUUUACAAGUUCAAAUUUUUUUAAUGAAUGAUGUAUUUCCUGCUACUAGGUUUUUUCUUAUUGGGUUGAUUAUUGUGAAUCUUGGGAUGUUGAUAUUAUUAUUGGUUAUUAAUUUUAAAAUUGUUUUGUAG